AUGUUGAAAAAGAAAACCCUAGGAAAAAUGUGGCGCAUGCGGGAGUGUCUAGCGAUACCCCGUCAAAGCGCGGCGAGUUUGAUCACGCAGAAGUUUGCGUUAUUUUCCUCCGUAGCGGCGCGGGCACCAAGUACGAGAGUACGCAAACGAGUGAUGCGGGGUGAUCGCGAAGCUUGCCAGAAGUCCCUCGCAUCCGGUUUGCCCCCUGCAUCGUGGAUUGAUGCAGACUCAAUGUCGAGGUCGGGUAGCCGCCAGAACAACAACUCACGUGAUGCCACGGUAUUCGUUCGCAGUGCGCUAAGCCGAUUUGACGACAUGUUCGAGAUUUUUGCGCUGCCGCGAUGCAGCAGGGGUAGCUUUUUGAUCCGUUACAGGAGACGCUGCC